GCGACUUCCCUCAUGUCCACGUUGGCUGCCCGGCUGCUGCAGCCCGCGCACAGCUGCUCCCUCCGCCCUCGCCCCUUCCACCUCGCGGCAGUUCCAGAUGAAGCUGUUGUAAUUUCUGGAAGGAAACUGGCCCAGCAGAUCAAGCAGGAAGUGCGGCAGGAGGUAGAAGAGUCGGUGGCCUCAGGUGACAAACGGCCACACCUGAGCGUGAUCCUGGUUGGUGAGAAUUCUGCAAGUCACUCCUACGUCCUCAGCAAAACCAGGGCAGCUGCAGAUGUGGGAAUCAACAGUGAGACAAUUGUGAAACCAGCUUCAAUUUCAGAGGAAGAAUUGUUGAAUUUAAUCAGUAAACUGAAUAAUGAUGAUAAUGUAGAUGGCCUCCUUGUUCAGCUGCCUCUUCCAGAGCAUAUUGAUGAGAGAAGGAUCUGCAAUGCUGUUUCUCCAGACAAGGAUGCUGAUGGCUUUCAUGUAAUUAAUGUAGGGCGAAUGUGUUUGGACCAGUAUUCCAUGUUACCGGCUACCCCAUCAGGUGUGUGGGAAAUAAUUAAGCGAACUGACAUUCCAACCCUAGGGAAGAAUGUGGUUGUGGCUGGAAGGUCAAAAAAUGUUGAAAUGCCCAUUGCAAUGUUACUGCACACAGGUGGGGUGCAUGAACGUCCCGGCGGUGAUGCCACUGUUACAAUAUCUCAUCGAUAUACUCCCAAAGAGCAGUUGAAGAAACAUACAAUUCUUGCAGAUAUUGUAAUAUCUGCUGCAGGUAUUCCAAAUCUGAUCACAGCAGAUAUGAUCAAGGAAGAAGCAGCAGUCAUUGAUGUGGAAAUAAAUAGAGUUCAUGAUCCUGUAACUGCCAAACUGAAGUUGGUUGGGGAUGUGGAUUUUGAAGGAGUCAGACAAAAAGCCGGUUAUAUCACUCCAGUUCCUGGAGGUGUUGGCCCCAUGACAGUGGCAAUGCUAAUGAAGAAUACCAUUAUGGCCGGAAAAAAGGUGCUGAGCCUUGAAGAGCGAGAAGUGCUGGAGUCUAAAGAGCUUGGGGUAGCCACUAAUUAACUAUUGUGUCUUCUAUGUCAUGAACAACACUCCAGGCCAGCUCAAGAAGCAAAGCAGGCUAAUA